GGCCACACACACACACACACACACACACACACACACACACGCACUGAGCGAUCCGGCGUUGCCCCUAAAAGCAAAGAGGCGAAACAUGCUAAUCAUUACGAUCAGCAGCAGCACAGCCACCGCACGUCGCAGCGCGCUCCUGCUCUGUCCCCCAUCGAGUCCGGGGACGUGCUUUGCUCCUGAAACCCUGCUCCGUGACGCUAAAAUAAGCUCGUGCGGCCAUGCCGGAGGCAGGGGAACGAGAGGAGCGGUAUUUUUAGCGCCGUGCGCCGCUGCGCACCACGUGCCCCCGCGGUAAACCGGAUGGCCAUUGCGCGAAGGUCGUUCGCCAGUAUGGUGCGCGAGGCCGGCGCGCGCUGGACGCUCGGCGCCGUGCUCCUCCUGGGCUUGCUGACCGAGAUCGGGCCGCCGGGCGCCGGCGCCAGCAACGGGACAUGGCCCGAGCGCCGCUGGGAGAGCCUGCUGUCGCGCUCCGUGCUGGCCAUCUCGGGAGAGAGAGCGGAGACAAGCUGGGAGAGCGACUAUUUGAUGGGAAUCAAGCGCGUGCGACGGCUUUACUGCAACGUGGGAAUCGGGUUUCACCUGCAGGUCUUCCCAGACGGCCGGAUCAGCGGCGUGCACGACGAGAACCAGUACAGUCUGAUCGAGAUCUCGGCGGUGGAGCGCGGCGUGGUGAGUCUGUACGGCGUCAAGAGCGAGCUCUUCGUCGCCAUGAGCAGCAGGGGAAGACUAUACGGCUCGCCCACCUUUAAACCCGAGUGCAUGUUUAAGGAGACCUUGCUGCCGAACAACUACAAUGCCUACGAGUCUUCCGUUUACAAGGGAUUCUACAUCGCUCUCAGCAAACACGGCCGAGUGAAGAGAGGCAACAAGGCCAGCACCUCCAUGACGGUCACUCACUUCCUCCCUCGAAUAUGAGCGAGGCGUGCAGAAACCGCUCUCGUUUUGCACAUGCCGUCCGGUCCGCUCUCUCUCUCUCUCUCUCUCUCUCUCUCUCUCUCUCUCCAACACGGGAGGCCCAAAGGACGACGACGCCGAUGACGAACUAUACGUACCCACCAAAAAAAGAAAAGAGAGAAUAUGAUUAUUUAUUUGUGACUUGAUAUAUGUAUAUUUGGAUAGCCAAAUGUUUUUGAUUUUUAUUAUAUAGGCCACUUUUUUGCUGCUUUUUCAUGAUGGACAUUGUUGCUCAUGGAUAUGGAGACUGCCUCUGUCUCUUCACCUUAUUCGGUCGCUUAAACAGGACGUAAGGAAAUACUGGAUGGAGACGACAAUAUGUGUUUUUUUUGUUAAAUGACCUCAGAGCUGCUUAUGGGUUAAAAGGAUUAACUUAUGCAGAGUUAUGCCGCUUUUGUUUGUUUGUUUGUUUGUUUGUUUGUGCCAAUGCAAGCUUGAUCGUUGUUGUUGUUUUUUUUUUUUGUUAUAUAUGCUAACAUAUCUUGAUUUCUAUUUAUUUUUUAUUAUUUCUUUAGUUCUCCUGCCAUGGAAAUGUGAGAGCACUUAAAGCAACACGGAUCCUUUUUUUCGCUGCAUGAUGAGCUGAGGUGCCUUGGCAUUCCUCCACGCCGCCCCUUUAACAUGCAUUCUCCGAACGCCCCAGGGAGUCAGAAAUAGGGCUGACACGUUAGCCAGGUCUCUGGAGGGACUCUCCCGCUGAGGAGGGUGUGUGGGUGUGUGUGUGUGGUUGGGGGUUGGGGGGGGAAGGUGUUUAGGAAUGGGUAUGAGGGUGUUUGAUGGCUGUGUUUAAUCUCGAUUUCCGAGUUGAAAAAAAAAGUAAUCGUUCUCCGUUACGUUUCCGGCGGGUUACUUAGAACUGUUUGCUAAUGCACUUCAGCUUCCUGAGAUGUGUUUCCGUUCGAACCUUGAGACCCUGCAAUGCUCGUCACUGGAAUGGCUGAACGGCGGUACACUUGAUAUAUGCUAAAAUAAGCUCGUUUUUAUAGUAUGUAUGUAUGUGCUGGUCUACUCAAGCAAUGAAGCUGCUGAACAUACCAAAAAGCUCGGCCCAAAAAAAACAAACAGGAAAAAUAUUUAUUUAUUCGUGUGUGUGUGUGUGUGUGUGUAAGAAGAGAGAGAACGAUCGAGAAAAAGAACGAGAGUGUGUGUGUGUGUGUGUGUGUGUGUGUGUGUGUGGAGCGAAGCAGCUCGUAGCAGUGUCCCCAGGGGAAGUGUGUGUAUGUGUGUGUGUGUGUGUGUGUGUGUGUGUGACAAGCUGCAAGGCUAAGCCUCUUUGCUGCAGCUGCACUGCAGUGCUGUCUCAGGGCUACUCUGCUGCUGUUAGCCAUGCAAAUAAAAUGAUAGGGUUGCUGCCGUAGCGUUUUUGCGUGCGCGAAGACAUCCGUGGCUCUUUGGUACCGACUCGAAAGGGCGAAAACACAGGUUUCGCUAGGCACGUUUUCGAAGGUGCUAUUUUCAUCCAGAGAAAAGAUGCACAUCGCAGCCACAUUUGUUUGUUCGUUCUCGCCGGAAACUAUGCGGCUCCGUGGGGUGGAGACGCCAGCUUCCGAAAUACCUGAGCGCAGCGAGCAUCAUCGCAGUUAUUCCUGUUAAAAAAAUACAAAAAAAAAACUCCAGCACUUGUCAAGGCCUUGGGAUUCCUGCAGUAACCUCGGGGCCAGGCCUGGUCAGAUAGCCGCCCAUUUUUAGUCCAUGCUCAAGGACACAGACAAACCCUGAGCCCUGAAGUUCUCGGAGUCACAGAAGCCUGUGAAUUCGUGUAUGGGUGUGAUGUAUACCAAUUGGAAGGUCCUACCACAAAACAGGGUAGCCAGAGGAUUUGAUUUCUGAACAUCCUCAAUCCUUCCCCCAUGUAAAUCCAUCAUCUUAAAUCUCAUAUCAUUGUUUAACACUGUUAUGUGAGUCUGAUUGUGUACUGAAAGUUGCAUGAACGCAUGAAAGGUUUUGGUGUUCGGUUUCAUUUUCACCCCUGCUUUCAUACCUUGAAAGAUUCUUUUAUAUCCAUCACAUCAACACUAUCAUGUGCAAGCACCUAAGUUUGGCUGUUGAAUAGAAAGCUGAUUACUCUUUAUCACGUUCUAUGGAAGAGUGCAGGAUCGAUUAUAUGAACUUGGCUCUGGUUCCUCACUCAUGUCAUUACUAUGUGUACGAGUACCACAAUGUACACGCUAUGGACAACGUCUUUUGUGGACACCUGAAUAUAAGAUUGUGUGCUACUUUUUGAACAUCCCAUUCCACAUUGAGUUCAAAUUUGCUCUUGUAAUAACCUCCACUAGGAACCCCUGGGAGGUUGUUCCACUAGAUUUGUGGCGAUUUGUUCUCAUUCGGACACCGUUCUGGCUUUGUACUUUGUAUUUCUGGAAUAGUUUUGGGUUCAACGAAGAAUUUCAUGCUAGCGCACCCAAAGACGUCUGAUAAAUUAGCGUCCCUGUAACUUGGGAUCAGUUUGACGAAGAAGCACGUGUGGCUGGAGAAGUCUGGCGUCCCAUCUUAACUUUUGUGCAUAGAGUGCAUUUGUUGUCAAUCGAAUCGCAUUGUUCGAAACUCACAACAAAAAAAAAGCAUCACGUCACCAAAGUUUCUCCUGCCAAAGGAAUUUUUAGAUUGUCAUGCAUGCCUUAGAUUUGGAACAGAAGGAUGUGGCGCACGAACGUCUGAGAACGGGGAGCGAUUCCUGAAUGCAGACGUGCACGUCAAGCAGAUUUAUUGAGACAGCUGUAAAAAUGUUUAUUGGCCAUCCAAUAUGGAAGCCGCUUUCCUGUGAGAUGUGGCCUGUCGACCUCAGGAGAGCCACGAAUGUCUUUGUGAAGGUGGGCCGAACCCUCUGUUCUCCACAACAACAACCCCCCCCCUCAGGAGGCUCAGGAAUCCACGGCGCACCAGGCAUCAGAAUGUCAUACGAGUCCUGCGAUUGGGGAUCUCGUUGUCCUCUCAAGCUUUUUUUAAAGGGUGCAGCUGAGCCCGGUUGCUAGAUAUCCCCUUUCUGAGAAAUGCACGUGUGUGUGUGUGUGUGUGUGUGCGUGUGUGUGUGUGUGUGUGUGUGUUAGGGGACGUAAACAAAUUCUAAAGAUUGUCGGGAAAUUCACUGGAAUUUUGGUAUCGUUCUGUGAUUCAGAUUUGAUUAGCAUUAGAUUCAGUCAUUCACUUAUUUAUUUAUUUAUUUAUUUUAUUUUUAUUAUUUAUUAUUUAUACGUCACAGUACCUCAGAUUUCAGCCAGCUCGUAUCCGUCCGGUAAAAGCGUUUGGAUACUGUGAUAACGAGGGAGCGUUUGUGAAAUUGUCAAAUCUCUUUCUUUCUCUCUCUCUCUCUCUCUCUCUCUCUCUCUCUCUCUCUCUCUCUCUCUAUUCUGUUUUUUAUUUCUUUCUGUUUCCUCUCCUCCCUCAUUGUGUUCUCCCCAACCGUUCUCCUUUUUGUUCUCCACUGUCGAACAUAUACCUCACCUCCUGCCUUAGUUAUGAUUUCUUACAGCAAUUGCGAAGCGACAGGAAACACGUCUUCAGUUUGUUUUUGGGGAAAGAACAAACAACGACAAAAACGACGAUGAUGCGUGUGCAAAUUAAUAUAUAUUGGGGGGAGGGGGAUGGGUUUUCCUUUUAUUUUUGUACGUAUGUGCUGUGCACAGCAGUGUAACCGUAUUCCUGAUACCAAUAAAAAAAAAAGUUU